AACGGCAUUCGAUGUGAAAACCCAGAGUAAGUAUUUCACACAUCAUGUUGAACCUUUGCGACACGACACGCGAAAUGAAGUGAAAAAUACUUUUAACCACGGUAAAGCAAGCCUCUGCAUAUUUUAUCACAUUCACUGUUUAUUGUUAAUUAUUUAUCCAUAAUUUAAAAUGAGCGAAACCGUCAGUGCGGCGCCGGCGAAUACAUCCGCUGUCAGUCUGAACAGCAACAACCAAUCGGAUGCACCGAUUCGACGCGUUGUAGUCCACCCGGAUGGCGCUGUUAUUCAUCGCACAUGGACGAAGCCGCUGCAUCCCGGAAUUCACCAUGUGCGCUUCACUAACUUUUACCAACAGUACUACACGGGAUCGUUACGAAUCGGCAUCAGUGGACCGGCGGCGUUCAACGAGGUCAUCGAGACUUCCACGUUACUCAUCGAUGAGGACCGGCAGACCCGGGUCGGGAAUGCGACGAGUGGAACCGACGCCGAAUCCGAAGCAGCCGAAAAUUCCGCUAGCAGUGUCGGUGACAGCCGCCUAGGAUUGCUCCAUAAGCAAAAAGCAGAACACGAGCUUCAACUGGAGUUUUUGAAGAAACGGUUGGAAAGUUGGGAAGCAUACCGACAACUCGUGAUUGGUAAAACGCAGUGCCCACCGGGCAAUAUUUUCAAAGAGGGUGCCUUCACCGACCUCUACGAUUUCUUUUGGAAAUACGAAGGCGAAUUUAUCCGGUUGCGCAAUGUCAUCCAACAAACCGAACGGACACUGCGCUCGGUGCAGGCCGCUAUCCAGCGACAGCAGACCGGAAUCGGACCACUGUUUUCCAAAGUCAGUGACAUCCGAGUAGUGAUACUCGUGGCCGAUAUACCUGACCGCAUCAGUCCAGUGUCACUGGACAUAUCAUAUGCCGUACGGGAAGCAGCGUGGAGUCCCAAGUACGAUUUGCGCUUUGCCGACAAAGCAGUUCAGCUGUCGUACUUCGGAUGCAUAAGCCAGUGGAGCGGAGAAGACUGGACGGAUGUAGAAAUGGCUGUUUCCAGUCGCAGCUACCGGUGGUCCAGUUUGAAUGGGAGCUUGUUGGAGCCGGAUCUGCCAGUAACUGUGACCAAUGUCGACGGACAAACGCCGAACUACAAAACACAAUUUGUUAGGGAGGUUGUGCAGCUACCGUCAGCGGAAAAUCCACAUAAUGCGAAAGCGAGCGACACUAUUCGAGAGAUGGCGUACGGCGAUUUUACCGUCCAAUUACCGGAAGCCGUAUCACUGUCGCAUGGGAAAUCCACACUGCAAGUCUCUUUAGCCAAAGCCCUGCAAUUGACCUGCGAAUAUCGCUACAAAUGCGAGCCGGGUCGGGAUGGACAUGUGUAUCGCAAAGCCCUCAUCAGUAAUAAUUCUAGUUUUAUUCUGACACCUGGACCAUGUUCUAUUUACACUGAUGGACAAUUUGCGGAAAUUGACUGCCAUGGGGGCAAGCGACUAAGCAACGAUGUUGCUCCUAUGGAGACGAUUAACAUUUCGCUAGGCAUCGACGAAUCCGUUGUAGUUACACCCAAGAUUCCGGUGAAGGUCACGAAGCCGUUAACUGGAGUCAAUGCCGCCAGUGAUGCUAAUUUCAAUGCGGAAGCCGAAUUCACCCAGGAAUACGAUGUGAAAAAUACGAAAAAACUUCCGGUAUCGGUUACAUUUGUGACGACGUUUCCUACUAGCAAUAAUCCUAGAUUCAAGGUGACCCCGAUGCACCCUCCAGUAUCCGGAAGGCCUGCACUGCCGGUUGCAACCAAAAAGGACAGCGGUGCUGCAGUCAGUUACAAAACCAACCAAGGCAAACAGCAGGUCGACAUUCCGGCCGCAACAACAAGGAGCAUUCGCAGCAUUUACAAAAUGGAAUAUCCGCAUAAUAUUCCUUUGCAAUAAAAAACUAUUUUGUUACUUCGUCGAUUAAUGAAGGCGAAACACCCAACUGCAAAACAUAGACAGUGUUUGCGCGGUGCGAUGCGUCUAAACUCUAAACGUUGUUCGAACAGAAGUACGUACUUAUCGACAAAAAAUUUUUACGUGCAUUUCGUAAAUCUUGCAUUUUUUAACUGCAUUUCGUUCGAUGUAAAACCGCUCAAUUGGUUUAGUUUAAAUUACAAGUGAAGCUAUUCGUUAGUAAGAUCAUAAUAAUUGAAUAUAGAAUAACGAUUGUUAUAACAUAAAAGUUUACGAGAAAGAGGAUUGUUGCCAUUUGCCAAAUGGCAGUGUUAAUUUAAUGACAAUAAACAAUGGGCAAUAAGAAAAAACGAUAAUUCGUACCCUACUACCCUUGUGUAAAACUCGAUAAUUCGUACCCUUGUGUUAUGUGAAUAAUACUGUAUUUUAGUAACUAACUAACCAUUAAACAUACAGAGUACGUGGUUAUUAUGUGGCACUUAAAAGGACUGCUAAUGAAAAAGUAUAUUUUUGAAAAUUUGAAAAAAAUUCUUACAUUUUUUUUCUGGAAAGUUUCUAACUUAAAAAAGC